GAGCAAACGUUCGGUGCUGGACCUGAGGCUUAUUUGAACAGUCGGAUGAGUUUCGGUCGGCGCAGUAAACCGAAACGCCACUUUAUAAUGCCAGCACUAAGGCAAGCGGCACCUAUCGGUAGUAAAUACGUUGAGCCAGUAACUGAAUGUCACUGGCGAUGUAAACUGUGCAAAGGUGACAUUUUGGCUGCGGUCAUAUCAGCCGGUGCUAUUCGACAUUUUCGUGCAACUCAUCCGGAUGAGUUAGAGAAUAUGCAAUAUGAAUUGUGCAAGGCUCGAUUGGAACGAGUCUCAGAUGGAUGCAUGGAAUUUGUUCAUCCGCAGUUAAUUGAAUGUUUGGUGUGCAAUAUGACGUACGCCCUUCAUAAACCGUUCAACAUGUGCCGUGCAAUAAGGCAUCUGAAAUCGAAACAUCCGGAUAUGAUGCCUGAAUAUGCGGGAAUGCGAGAUCGA